UUACUGUAUUAGGGAUUGUGUUGCGAGACUAGGGUUUUAGUGGAACGUGGAAGCCAAGGGUUCUGCUACCCCCUGAGUCAACACACUGUUCUACACCUCCUUCGUUUCUCGAAUCGGAUCCUAAUCUCUUGGGGUUGAGAAUAGUCAUCAUGGCUUACCAAGGAGGUAACCUAAAGUCUACAUCUAUAAAUGGAGUGAAGAUGUAUACAGUAGCGGCUCAACACCGCUCCCUGGCCACUUGGCUCCCGCCGAAGAAGCUUAGAGCUCUUCGCAAGGACAAAAAUUACAUGGAAAGGGUGGAUUUGAUCCAAGAUUUAAGAUUUGAAACUGCAACAACUAGAAUUAAAGCUACCCCGGAUGGCGAAUUUCUCAUUGCUUCAGGUAUUUACCCACCGCAAGUCAAAGUAUACGAGUUAAGGGAGUUAUCAUUGAAGUUUGAAAGGCAUCUGAUAUCAGAGAUUAUCAAUUUCCAGGUGUUGAGUGAUGAUUAUUCAAAGCUUGCAUUCCUUUGUGCCGAUCGUUCUGUUAAUCUACACGCUAAAUACGGAAGUCAUUACAGUUUACGCAUUCCAAGGAUGGGAAGGGAUAUUUUAUACGAUUGUUGGUCAUGUGAUUUGAUAUGUGCGGCUUCUUCUCCCGAUCUAUACAGAAUUAACUUAGAGCAGGGACGAUUUCUAUCUUCUCUUAACACACAAUCCCCAGCACUAAAUGUAGUCUCAAGAAGCAAGUAUCAUGGGCUAAUUGCUGGUGGCGGUGAGGAUGGUGCCGUUGAAUGCUUUGACAUGCGAAUAAAAUCUUCGGUUGCCAGGCUCAAUGCGGUUACGUCUGUAACCGAGGGUGAUGAGGAGGUUACCGCUAUAGAGUUCGACGGAGAUGGAGGCUAUCACAUGGCUGUUGGAAGCAGUGGUGGAAAGGUGAUGAUUUAUGAUCUGCGCUCAUCAUCUCCUCUUCGAGUAAAAGAUCACAUGUAUGGAAGCCCUAUAUUGAAUAUCAAGUGGCAUCAAACUCUCAACUCCGAGAGGCCAAAGCUAAUUACUACUGAUAAGCAUAUUGUUCGGAUUUGGGACCCAGAAACUGGUGAAGGAAUGACCAGUAUUGAACCAACCGGUGGAGCCAUAAACGAUAUGUGUGUGUUCAAUGAAAGUGGACUAAUGCUAUUGGCUCUAGACACCAGCCAAAUCCCGUCUUAUUUCUUACCAUCUUUGGGACCCGCUCCAAAGUGGUGUUCAUACAUGGAAAACCUAACGGAAGAGCUGGAGGAGGAUGCACAAACAACUAUUUAUGAUGAUUACAAAUUUUUGACAAAGGAGGAGCUUGAGAAGUUGAAUCUGACCAAUUUAAUUGGCACAAAUCUUCUACGAGCCUACAUGCAUGGGUUCUUUAUCGAUUUCCGCCUCUAUAAAAAGGCUCAGGCAGCGGCUAAUCCAAUGGUAUACGAAGAGUAUAUAGAGAAACGAAAGCGGGAGAAGGAAGAGCAGGAACGCAGUACUCGGAUUACGAUUAAGAAGAAGCUGCCUAAGGUUAACCGGAGUCUUGCAAAACGUCUUCUAGAAGAUGAGGAAUUAGAAGCCACUAAAAAAGAAACCGAUGUAGUCGACACCAAGAAGCCAAAUAAGAAAAAGAAGGGACUCACUUCCGAUGUUCUACAAGAUGACCGGUUCAAAUCUUUGUUUAGUAAUGAGGACUUCGAAGUUGAUGAAAACUCUAUGGAGUAUCGGGCUUUGCAUCCUUUAGCUGCACCUGUGCAGCAAUCGCUAGUGAAGGAACAUUUCGACCCGUUUAUCGAAGAAGAUGAAGAUCAUCAAAGUGAUUCCGAUGCAUCAGAAGAACAUCAGUCUUCGGCUGAUAAACAUACAGAUAAUACAAGUAAAGACGGAAAGAAAACUCGUGCUCCAAGAUUGUAUGAAGUGAAGGAUGAGAGGCAUGCAGAAGCGUUUAGAAACCGCAAGUCACUUGCGAAAGAGGAUGCUCUGCCAUUGGAAGAGAGGGUAAAAGCUUUAGAAAAUAAUAAAAAUUCAAACGGUUUCAACAAGGUUAAAGCGGGCCCUGGUGGGUCACGUGAGAUCUCAUUUAUAGCAAGAAGCAAGGGGAAGUAUGAGGAAGACGAGUAUGAUGAUGAUAAUCCGCGUGAAAAAAGAAGGGGGAUACAGUCACUGGGGUUGAAGUCUGAUAGAUCAGGGUUUCAGGGUCGAGGCCGUGGUGGAGGUAGAGGAGGCGGUAGAGGGCGGGGAGGAGGCGGCAGAGGGCGGGGAGGAGGUGGAAGAGGGAGAGGUAGAGGAAGGGGUCGGAGGUGAAAUUAGUUGUUGAGAAUGUGACCAAAUGUAAUUUGUAUACAAGAAUUAAGAGUAAAGACAAGAUUCAUUUUUGCAUGGUUAGAUAAGGUGAUUUUUUAGUUC